AUGAACGAUCGGCUCGUGUCGCAUUACACUCCGGGUUACUGUCGAGGACAAUGCAAUCUCCCAGUUUAUGGGGCUAUUCAUGUUUGUUUUUACCGUUUUUUUUCGUUUUUUUUACAUCGCUGAAUUGGAUUUUUUGACGUAAAAAAAACGGAAAAAAAAUAAUGUUUUUUUUCACAGCCUGAAUAUCCCCAUUAUGGUUAGGCGGCAGUGUUUUUAAUGGAGUUAUCCAGGCUGUGAAAAAAUGAUUUUUUUACGUCAAAAAAUUCAAUUCAGCGAUGUAAAAAACGGAAAACAAAUAUACGCUGAAUAGCCACAUAAUUCUUCACCGUGCUUACUUUCAGAGAGACCCAUACAGAACGAGCAGACGCCGAUCCCGACCAGGGCGGAGCAAUAACUUCAAAAGAAAAAUAAUAUUAACAGUCAUUAAUUAUGUAUAUCAAUAUUGCUUUUUAUUAUUGAGGCCUUUACGAAAUUGACUAGGGGAUUAUUGUAUCAGGUAUUUUUUUUAGAAAUCAGAAUUUCGGUACUAAAUUUUACUUUUCAGAAGAGCUGCUCGAGGACGGACGGUUCGGAGUCUGACUGGACUUCGGACUACAACAAGGACCGACGGAGACCUGUUCCGUUCCGCCGAAUUCGGCCGUCUCGAUCGGAUCUUCGUCGGAAUCGAUGUGUGGGCACGCGGAUGCGUCGGAGAGUUCCACUGCCACGAAUCAUUCGCCCUCGCCAAACUGUUCCACAUUUCUGUCGCUCUGUUUGCACCCGGAUGGAUCUACGAAAAGUUUCCCGAUGAGAAUCAGAUAGUAAUGGGAAUUCGGUUCGUUUCGAUCUUAAAUAAUACUUACUAUCCAGGGGCGUGCUUUCAGGUUCUGGGAGAAGCUGAAGCCUCACAUUCGGACACGUCCCCUCAUUUCUGCCAAUUUCUCCACCAACUUCUGCUCAGGAAUGGAAGAGAACUGGAGAUUCCGGUUGAGUUCACUCGAGCUGCAGCCUCAGCAUCUCAGCGCUUUCUGCCAUCCGAUUGUCGGGAAAGGCGUAGUUUUGUUCGGAAGAAACCGGAUAUUUCCGUAAGUUUCAACUACAGUUCACGUAAGAAUGUGCAGGUUUUCAGGCUGUUCACAUUCGAUUCGAUACCAUUGGGUAAAAUUGAAAUCAUUUGCGAAUCGGACAAUGCGAUCAACGUUUUAUGGAAUCACAAUGAAAUUGCUGGGAGGACUGGAGAGCAUACGUGGAUUAUCAGUCAGUCGAGGACGAUUGAAUCCAUCGAAAUUCAAACUGCGAAUCACGACAAAACCGUCAUCCGCCGCUUCUCAGUUUCUUGUAUCAACUCGAAAUCAUAA